AUGUUGAUAAUUAGCAUUUGUGUAAUUUUUUUUUAGACUUUAUUUCAAUUUCGUACGUUUUUUAAUUUAAAUUGCAAAUUGCAACGAUUUAUUACCCUUAAUAUUGCUAAUAGAUAUUAUGUACAUACAUGUAUUUAAGUUGUAUAAAAUUUAUAGAUAUUUCAAAUUUUCAUUAUGAAAGGCACAGACAAAUUUAUUGCGCGGGUUGAAACUUAUGGAGAGCUCUAUGAUAACAACAAUCCUAAUUCUAGUAAUUCUAAAAGGAAAGAUGAAAUAUGGGAGAGUUUGUCUAAUGAAUUUAAUUGUGAUGCAAAAAGAAAAUGGCAUACAUUAAGAGACAGAUAUGUGCGAGAAAAGAAAAAGUCUCGUACUUUGGAGGGUUUCGAAAGUCGAUGGUAUUAUUAUCAUCAAAUGGACUUUCUUGACAAGUAUAUAAAAUCCAGAAGAAGGGUCCCAAGAAAUAAAUUUUCUGUUUUUGUACCCGAAAAUGAAGAAUGUGACGAAACAAAGGAAUUUGAAGAAGGUUUUGAAUAUGAAACAAAAAACGUUAAAGAAUUUUUUGAUGAUUUUUGUACAACCAUGACGGAUUUAAAAAGUUCAGAAUCAUCAGAAGGAAAACAUAAAGAAUAUUCGAAGACAGAUUCUUUCACUAUUCAUCAAAAAUCAAAGCGGCCAAAAGCUCAACAAAGUGUUUCAAUUCAGCAAAAUAUUCUAAAAGUACUGCAGAUGCUUCAAGAACAGAUCGAAAAUGUUGGGUAUACAAAUAACCACGACGAAGAUACUAUUUUUAUAGAACUUGUAGUUAAAAAAAUGAGAAAAAUGUCUCCAACCGAAAAGUCGGCGUUUCAGGAGAAACAUAAAUUACUGCCAAGUAAUAAUUAUAAUAAAAGGUACCUACAUUUCAUUUUAUACCAAAAGGAAGAAAACAAAAUUUGAAUAUAAUGAGCAUAUAUAUAAAAUGGAAGUUAAAGAUAAUAAGAGAAUGGAACAAGACUCAUACUAAACAGUAGAGUUUUAAAAUGCUUUGACUAAUAUUUGAAUAAACCCAAAUUCUUUUUAAAAUAAUUGCAAAAACCAUUGCUCAUUAUCUUCUUCAAAUUUCAGUUUAAAAUAAGAUCCAGAAUUUAAAUGAACAGAAAAAUUUGCACAUCAAAAAUUUAAAGAUCAACUUGGAGUUUUAAAUAUAAUUUUGAAUUAAAUAUAUUUUUAGU